AUGUCUAUAACAUUCGAACACCCCCGCUCCUACCCUGCCGCCCUGCUCAAGAAGCGCCACUCCCUCCCCUCCCACCUCCACAUCUUCGUCGAACGACCAAGCCGACAUGCAAUACGCUCAUCAAGAGACUUCAACUACGACGCCCUCAACAAGUCCAGCAUCGAAGCCCACUUCCAGCGCAACGUCGCAUCGAGCUUUAUCUCAUUGUACGAGAGCAAAGCCACUGCCUCGAGCAAAUAUCCUCACACCGACAAAGUGGGACAAAAACCGCGAUCAUUCGAUGCCGCUGAAAUGUCUAUCCACACCAGUGGGCUGACAGCGGCAUGGGUGACCGUAGACAAAGACGUCCGUCUUCCAGUAUGGUUUGACAAGAACAGACAGGAGUCCGACAACGCAGACGACGAAGAGGUACUGUGGUUUUGCCUCCAAGAGCUGAAAGCAGUACUACAAGUCGAUGAGAAGCUUGGGGAGAAGGACGAAUGGCUUGCCUGUGGGUUCAUUCCCGAAAGUAGGGUUGUCACUCGUCACGAUUCAUCGAAUGAGGAGUACCCAGAGGGGGUAGUCAACGACAAGGAAAUAGAAGAGGCUUAUAGACAGGCUCGCCGCGACCGCCAACGUAUCGAAGGGGAGAGGCUUCAAGUCGACGUGCCGGAAUGUGAGCACAGACUCAAGAAGACGCUGUCUUCGGGCUUCUUGAAAGCCCCUCAGAUCCCCAGCCGGAAAAGCUCUCUUGUCUCGCUGGAUGGCAAGGCUGUGAGCCAGUCCAAGAAGACAGUUAGCGGGGCUUCAAAGCUUCGCGUAGAUACGCGCGACGUGUCGGUCUCGCUGACGAAUGCGGAUCCACGGCGCGCAGCGUCGCUGAUGAAGUAUGCGUUGUUGCUGGCGCAUGAAAAGAGGUUUGAAGCCGAAGAGUCGUGGCUUUCGGAGACGACUCGUUUGGCUGGGGGUGUAGAUCGGGGGGAUAGUACGAGGACAAUCGAUGAUGUGGUUCGUAGAGAGAGGCGAAGCGGGUUUGUAGAGCGUCAUAAUGAGGCCUACUUGACGCCGCCGCAAUCACCAAUUACCUCAUCUGGACGAAGGGGCAUGCAUGAGCGAAGGAGUCGUAAUGGUGCUGAUAAUCCAGUCAAACGAUACGAAAUCGCUCGACAAGAUGAUGAACAAUCAGUCCAGGAAAGGGGAAGACGUAUGCGUCGCUCUGCCGCUCCAUCGCCCUCGCAGUCUUUGCUAGGACAUCAUCUUGAAGGAGGCAACGCGUCUUCGCUUCGACCGCGUCUUUCGCGCCGUGAGCUCCUCUUGGAGCUGCAAUCAGACGAAGACUCUGUUCUACGAGAGUACGCAAGAGUCAGUCUGCAGGAUCCCUCUUCCCACCACCACACCCGGCACGACACGCCUAAUGGCGCACCCUCAACAUCGACGGCCCCGGGAACCCAGCAACCACCCAACCACACCGCCCAGGGUGCAGGUAACGAUGAAUUUAGCCCACCAGAUGAAUCGGUCUACUCCACCAUGUCGUCUCUCUCCUCCUUGUCCGACCUCGCGCAUGCUACCAUCGAGGAGGCCACGUACGCUACCGUCCAUCCUGGCUCCCAUGUUAGAGAGAUCGAGAUACGGAGAAGGAAGUCGAGGCCGUCGUCUGCGGAGGCGAAGUUCAGCGAAAAAGAGGAGAGAGGGAGGAGUAGGAACGGACGGCGACAACGAAGAGUUUCGGGGGUAGCUGUAGAAACACCAGCGGAAGAGGAUGUGGAACCUUUUCCUACUUUUGAUCCGAUCGUACCGGGUCACGUACAGCUUUCACGGUCUGGAAGCAAUGUUUCUGCGGUUGCUGUUGUUCCUUCGGCAUCAACACCGACACCUUCACCAGUGGUCUUGAAAUCCGAAUCUUUCUUUGCCAGAAGGAAGAAACUGUUCGAGAAGGGCAAAGACGUUUCUGAGCGUUUAGCAGAGGUACGGGAAAGUCCGGCUGCUCAGAAACCAAAGGUCAUGAAAGAUCUCUUGGAGUUUGCUGGGUGGAGAUCUGGUGAUAAGAAAGAUGGGUCGAAGUGA